AUGUCCUGCAGGUGCACUCCGGGCAUCAGCGGCCCCCCAGGCCUCCCCCACCAGCAGCGUGAGGGGGAGUCCACGGUCAGUCGCAAGAUUCUGGUUCCGGACCUGGGAAGGGGCUCCCCCUACACCUCCCUCCACAGGGAGCCCCUCAGGACAGACAGCUCCACCCAGGUGGACAGAGUGGCCAUGUAUCCCACCCCUCCGGCAGGCACCCAGGUACCCAGCCCCAUGACGCAGAGGCAGCUGCGGUCUCCUGUUAUCAGGGCACCCCUGUGGGGUGGAGGGUCCCCAGCCCACGGUCCCCAAGCAGCUGCCCAGCUCUGCAACAUGCUGGCCCACAGCCUCGGCUCCACCUUUGGCCUCCGGUGCUGCCUCCUCUUCCUUCUAGCUUCUUGGGAGGCAGGUGCUGCUCCAUUUCAAGAAUGGCAGAAAACUGGUGAAUCCCCAAUGUCUGAUCCCUUAUUCCCCCUCACUGUAGGCCCUGUUUCUGGUACUCUCUCUGUCCACACUGUUCUGCCUUCAGGACAAAGACCUCCAGACCUUCUUAAAUCUACAGAAACCCCGAAGCCAAAACGCCACUGCAACACCACACACCAUUCUGAGCCAAUUCACAAAUCUAUAGACAACUCCAAAAGUACAGACCACAAAAGACCUACAGCUGAUCAUGAAGCUCCUCCCACUUCGGAACAAAACCCCAGCAAUCAAGGAAAAGAGCCAAUUACCCGGAACAAACGCUCUGUUGAUCCUGCUAACUCCACUACUGAACAUAAAGAUUCCUCUGAUAAAAAGGAUCCAACCCCAGCUCCCAAGAGCAAAACGACUUGUCGUAGGUCCACAAUAGGAAAACCAACGGUAGCAAGAAACUCAGAUAAAACCGUAAGACCUUUGGAAAAGACCGCCAUUACUUUACAUGAUAAAAGUACCGUCUCACCUAAGACUACAAUUCCUUAUUACCUCUCAGACAAUUCAGGGAGCAACAAAACCACAACAUCCUCCUUAGAAAAAAUCACAUCAGCCACAAAAACAACAUACAAGGCUAUAAGAACCCUACAGAAAUCAGAAAAACCUGAAGAUAGAACUACAGUUGCCUCAGACAAGCUCCAGAUGAAAACUACAAAACACGUAAAAGAGACCACAUUGGCUAGUGAGAAGACCACAAGAGCCUCUGCAAAGCCUACAGAACAUGGAGAAAAGACCACAUCAGCCAAUGAAAAGACCACCCGAUCCCCAGUAAAGCUGACACAACAUGAGGAGAAGACCCCCUCAGGCAAUGAGAAGACCACACCAUACUCAGCAAAGCUCACACAACAUGCAGAAAAGACCACAUCAGGCAAUGAGAAGACCACACCAUACUUAGUAAAGCCUACACAACAUGGAGGAAAGACCACAUCAGCCAAUGAGAACACCACACCGUACUCAGCAGAGCCUACACAACAUGGAGGAAAGACCACAUCAGCCAAUGAGAACACCACACCAUACUCAGCAGAGCCUACGCAACAUGGAGGAAAGACCACAUCAGCCAAUGAGAACACCACACCAUACUCAGCAGGGCCUACACAACAUGGAGAAAAGACCACAUCAGCCAAUGAGAACACCACACCAUACUCAGCAGAGCCUAUACAACAUGGAGGAAAGACCACAUCAGCCAAUAAGAACACCACACCAUACUCAGCAGGGCCUACACAACAUGGAGAAAAGACUACAUCAGCCAAUGAGAACACCACACCAUACUCAGCAAAGCCUAUACAACAUGGAGGAAAGACCACAUCAGCCAAUGAGAAGACCACACCAUACUCAGCAGAGCCUACACAACAUGGAGAAAAGACCACAUCAGCCAAUGAGAACACCACACCAUACUCAGCAAAGCCUAUACAACAUGGAGAAAAGACCACAUCAGGCAAUGAGAAGACCACACCAUCCCCAGUAAAGUCCACACAACAUGAAGAAAAGACCACAUCAGCCAAUGAGAAGACCACCCCAUCCCCAGUAAAGUCCACACAACAUGAAGAAAAGAUUACAUCAGACAAUGAGAAGAUCACACCAUACCCAGUAAAGCCCACACAACAUGCAGAAAAUACCACAUUAGACAAUGAGAAGACCACACCAUACUCAGCAGAGCCUACAGAACAUGGAGAAAAGACCACAUCAGCCACCACACCAUCCCCAGUAAAGCCUCCACAACAUGAGAAGAAGACCACAUCAGCCAAUGAGAAGACCACCCCAUCCCCAGUAAAGUCCACACAACAUGAAGAAAAGAUUACAUCAGAGAAUGAGAAGAUCACACCAUACCCAGUAAAGCCCACACAACAUGCAGAAAAGAACACAUUAGACAAUGAGAAGACCACACCAUACUCAGCAGAGCCCACACAACAUGCAGAAAAGAUUACAUCAGCCAAUGAGAAGACCACACCAUACUCAGCAGAGCCUACACAACAUGGAGAAAAGACCACAUCAACCAAUGAGAACACCACACCAUCCCCAGUAAAGCCUCCACAACAUGAGAAGAAGACCACAUCAGCCAAUGAGAAGACCACCCCAUCCACAGUAAAGCCUACACAACAUCCAGAAAAGUUGACAUCAGCCCAUGGAAUGGCCAUAAAACCCUCAACAAAGCCCACAGAACAGGAAGAAAAGACCAUAUCGCCCCAUGAGAAGACGACACAAGUACCAGAAAAGUCUAUAAAACACCCAGAAAAUACCCCAUUAGCCACAGAGAAAGCCAGAAGAACCUCAGAAAAGCCUACAGUACACCCAAAGAAGACCACAUCCACUGUAGGGAAAACCACACCAGUCCCAGCAAAACCUAGAGAAAACCCAGAAAAUACAGCAAUCACAAAGAGUGUAAGACCUCCAGUCACGGUUGCAGAAGACAAAUCCAUCGCUACUACUUCUCCUUAUCUACAUAAAACUGAGGUUACCCAUAAGGUACCCAUUGGUUCUCUCACGCUCACUGCAUCGAGAAUGGAGCUGAGUUCCAUCAUGCCAGAAGCUCCAGGCAACAAGAGCCAUCAAUACCAAAAUAAAGAUGGCUCCCAGGGAGGUCUCCAUCCUGGACAGAUGGGUGAGAAUGAUCCAUUCCCUGCAUGGGCCAUAGUUAUUGUGAUUCUGGUGGCUGUGAUUCUCCUCCUGGUGUUCCUUGGCCUGGUCUUCUUGGUCUCUUACGUGAUGCGGACACGCCAUGCACUGACCCAGAGCACCCAAGACAACGACCCAGAGGAUGAAGGUGGCCCCAAUUCCUACCCAGUCUACCUGAUGGAGCAGCAGACCCUUGGCAGGGGCCAGCUCCCUUCCCCAUGA